CGCGUGGCGGAAACGCGCAUCCCGCAGGUGCCGAGGCGCCGCGAGCACAGCCGCCGCCGGGAGCAUGAGCCGCCGGUGCCUGUGUGAGAUCUGCACCUGCGGGCGACAUCAUUGUCCACAUGGAACCACAAGGAUUUACAAAACUUCUGGUGUGUCUUGCCCCACAACUGAAUAUUUGGAAAAAUACCCCACGUAUGGCAAUGUUCUUCCACCUCAGAGCCUUAAACCCAAGCAAGAGCUGCAAGCAUGCCGUGCGAGAAUGGAAGGAGUAACAACAUUUAAAUAAAUAGUGGGAAACUGUCGUCUUUACUUAUUUUUCCUCUCAGUUCUUCUGGUCUUAAUAAAGUUUUUUAACUCUCUAA